UCCAGACCUCCAGGUUUAAAACAACAAAUGAUCCGAUACUGUAAAGUGUCUUUUUUUCCUGGUAUCUGCGGUGAAUCUGGCGCCUCCAUGUGACGCAGCAGGAAUGUGGACGGUUCGGUCGUUCUCUUAAGGAAACGAUCACGGAUGCUGAGACGCAUUUCUCAGGAAUCCUUCAGCUGAGCAGACCUCAGCGAUCCUCGGAGACCAGCUGAGCAGACAUGAGGGACCGACUGCAGCACCUCCAGCAGGCGCAGCCCGACCCGGACGGCCUCAGCGCCGUGGACCUGUCCGAGCACGAGGCCGCCGCUGACCCGGACCUGGACAGCAUUCUGCAGGAGGCCCAGCGGGUUCGCCUGGAGAUCCAGCAGAUCCAGAACGACGUCAAAGACCUGAAGGAGGCCAACUACCACAUGCUGAACAAGAUCUCCGACCCCGGGGACCUGAAGCGGGACUCCAACGCCAUCGGGGGGGACAUCAAGCUCAGAGCGGAGGAGGUGCUGCGGCAGCUCCGCCUGAUGAACCGGCGGCGGGAGGAGCUGGAGGCCCGACUGGGCUGCUCCGACCCCACCGCCCGGAUCGCCCGGACUCAGUACCAGUGCCUGAGCAGCGCCCUGCGCGAGGUCAUGUCCAGCUACAACGACACCGAGACCAAUCACCGGGACGCCUGCAGGCGCCACAUCCACCGGCAGAUGCAGGUGGCGGGCAUGGAGGUGUGCCAGGAGGAGCUGGAGGAGGCGAUGGAGGGGGGGGACGUCCAGGUGUUCAGCCCCCACCUGCAGGGAAAGACCGCAAGCGCCGCCCUGCAGCAGAUCCAGAGCCGGAACCAGGAGCUGCUGGAGCUGGAGAGGAGGAUCCAGGCCGUCCAGGAGGUGUUCCUGGACGUGGCCAUGCUGGUGGAGGAGCAGGGAGCGGCGGCGGAGAACAUCGAGAAAAACCUGCAGACCUCCGGGGUCCUCAUUGAGGGGGGGCUGAUGCAGCUGGAGAGGGCCACCGCCUCGGACAAGAACAACCCCUUCAAGAAGAUGUUCUGCGGAUGUUUCCCCUGUUACCACCAGUGACCGGUUCUGGACAAACUGCCAACCAGCAAAGCCAAGCGGACCCGUGUGGUUCCCAAGGGGACAGAGAACGUGUCUAACAUCAAACUGAGUCCCUCGGAUCCAGAAAUGUUCCUGUUGUGUUCCUCUAAACUUGGAUUCCAUCAGGAGGAUCAGUGGAACAACCAUUGUUGGUUUCCUCACUCAUCUGAAGACCCACUCUAGUGAAAAUGCUGUUUUUGGUGUUUUUAACAACUUCCUGUGACAUUUUUCUGAAGAUGUUGGACAUUAAUGAAGAACAUUAAAAUGUCAU